GCCCCGCUGUUUCUGUAGCGUCACUCUGAGAGGAAGAACGACCCCACGUGUCUGAGGAACAUGGCUGCCUCCUGAAGGAAAAUGACAAUAAAUGUCAAAGCGGACUGUUUAUUCUGUUUACUCCUUAAAACCCCACAGGUUUAGCUUUUCGAAGCUGCACUCAGACGCUCUGUAAAAUGCUCAAGGCAGCUGUUAGUAGCCCGGUGUGUCCUGUAGUGAGGGACCUGAGGGUGCUCGUGCCCCGCUGUCUGUCUCUCAGUGCGGCUCUGUGUGCUCGAGCUCCGCGCCCGAAGCCCCGGGAUGUGCCGCAGAUCGCCGGGCUGGAACGGAUCUCCUACGCCGAGCGGAUGCACUAUGUGCCCGGGCUGGCUAAGCCGGAGCUGCCGCCGUGGGAGCGGGGCUGGAAGGACCCGAGACAGAACCGGUCACCCAAACCUGAGCAGAUGAAGCUCUACAGAGAGAAACCCUGCCACAUCUACACCCAGACGACCAACGCACUGGAGGGUGUCAGACAGGCUCUGUGGCUCACUAAAGCCAAACUCGUCGCAGGCUUACCUGAGCAGAUCGUGUCAUUAGCGGAAGAUUCAGCCAAUCAGAUCAUCGAACAGGAUGAGCGAGUGCAGAACGCCAUCAGACACGCCCGCUUCUGGGACACCACGGAAAACCGGCCUUCCAGGGAGAGGUUUUGUCCGUCUCUCCUGAACAACCUGCUGCACCUGUGUGGAGGGCUGCAGGUCACUCAUCCUGGCCUGGCCAGGAGGAUGCUGGCAGAUAAAUACAGCCUGGCAGCCAGCUGGAGCAGAGGUGAGGAUUUGUUUCAGAUCCGCGGUCAGAACGGGCUACUUUUAAACAGCAUGACCCCGCUGCCUGUGGUGGCUGGACAGGAGGAGGUCCAGUCAACAGCUGAACACGUCCUGGAGACCUUCUACCCCAUCUCCCCCACCAUCGACCUGCAGUGCACUCACGUCUACGACCAGAAGAACGCCACAGGUUUCAGAGAGGACUAUGCGUACCCUCACGCUCACACUCUGUAUGUGAUGGAGGCUGGAAACACUCCUAAGCUCUACCCCGAGCAGCUCCGGGCUAAGAUGAUCAUGUUCACUUUUGGGAACGCUCUAGCACGCGCCCGAGCCCUUUAUGGGAAUGAGUCCAAGGUCCUGGAGAAGCCCAUCGUAGUGCAGAGUGUGGCCACUAACGGCCGUCUCUUCCAGUUUGUGGUUUUCCAGCUCAACACCACGGCACUGGAGUCCGACAGUGGAGUGAAGAACCUGGUGUGGGUGGACGCCGACCAGCCGCUCUACGAAUUCGCCAAGGUCCGGCCUCUCAUCAGGAAGAAGGUUGUGCAGGUUCCUGCUGGUUUAUCAGGAUAUCAGCCUGACACCUUCAAGAAAUUCCUGGCUCUCUACCUCCAUGGAGCAGUAUGAACAUCCAGAAAACCAACAACAGCCUUUUCACAUCAUCAUGUAAUAUUUUACACCUUAUACCUUUCCUUAAUGGGAAACAAUAAAAAUAAAAAAUCCUCA